AUUUACGCCUAUGGUGCAGUACUCUACUGGCUAUGAUUUUAUCUGAAAUAAAAGUGACUGCCUGUGUUUCUAGAGUUUUAAGAACAGCUUGUGGGCAUGACUUCCCCCAGCAGCAGCAGCUGGAACUGUUUCCUGAGCUCAAAGGUCCUCCCUCUGCUUCAGUCGGAUAUUGCGUCGCCUGCGGAGGCUUUCCUGCUUCUCCGUGUCGGACCGGACCGGACCUGACAGGACCGCGAGAAAAAGUUCGUGGGCGUGUCCGGUCUCGCGGCAGUUUUCUGGGAACCAUGAAAGCCUCGCGCCCGGAGGGUUGAGGAGCUCGUGGCGAUGCGGAUGUUGGCGAAGUUCCUCUGUGCCUCAGUUCUCCUGCUCCUCUCCGCUCUCUACCUCCUCGGUUCAGUCAGACCCACCGCCAAGACGAACCCCCUUCCUGGGAAGAAGUACCGCCUCAUCUCCCCGCCUACCUACCGCUACCUCCUGAACCAGCCGCAGGUGUGCCUGGGCAGAAGUCCCUUUCUGGUCUUCCUGGUUCCGGUCGCGCCUCAAGAGGCAGAAGCCAGGCAGGCCGUGAGGAGGACAUGGGGGGCUCCAGGUAGGGACACUCUCACCCUUUUCUUCUCGGGGCUGUCAAAGGGGGCGCUGCUGUCACCCCUUCAGGGAGUCCUGGAGAAAGAAAGUCAGCAGCAUGGAGACAUCAUCCAGAUGGACUUCUUGGAUAGUUACCAGAACCUGACGAUAAAGACGGUGAUGAUGAUGAAGUGGCUGGCGGACCACUGCCCCAACGCCUCCUACGCCAUGAAGGUGGACUCUGACAUCUUUGUCAAUGUGUUUUACCUCAUCCAACGCCUCAGGAGCUCCCCCAGGGUGGGCUUCAUCACCGGGUCAGUGAUCCGGGAUGGCAUCCCCAGGAGGGACCCCAGCAGCAAGUGGUAUCUCUCUAAGGAGCUGUACCUCGAAGACAGCUUCCCGCCUUACGUGUCUGGAGCUGGCUAUGUGUUUUCCACAGACCUGGCUGCCAGGAUCUCCUGGGCCUCCAGGUUUGUGCGGGUGAUUCCUCUGGAGGACGUCUACGUGGGCUUGUGUCUGCGUGUGCUGGGGGUCCGGCCGGUGUACGCCUACAGUCUGCCACGCUUCAGGAAUCUUUUUGAGGUGCGAAAGCUGGAGUAUGACAGGUGCAUCUUUGCCGGACUCAUCAUUGUGAACAGGUUUAAGCCGUCAGAGCUGCUGCAAAUGUGGCAGGACUUUUCUGAAGGCCAGGCCGACUGCUGACCGCCUGCUGACAGCCUGCAGUGUUCGCUUCCCUGUGAAACCAACUAAUAGCUGGCUGGAAAGGAUAAAAGCCAUAAAAAAUUACGAUAAUCAUUGAAAUGUGUUGACAGCAGUUAUUGAAUGUCUCAAAAUAGAUUAAUGAAUGAUGAGGCGAACAAAAGCCAUUUUAAAUGAAUCCACUCCCAAGUUCCAGGAAUUGAAUUGCAUUUACUAACUUUUCACAGUGUGACUCAUUGUGAGACUGGUAAGUCAGCGUGCCUUCCUCCUGUUGCAGGUGUGUUUAUUUUACACCAAGCACUGGAACAAGGGUUCCUUUUAGAGAUGACCUACGACCUGUUGGAUAUCCUCCUAAUGAGGCGUGUGCCUUUUGUUUGGGUGUGAACCUGUGUUUAAGUGCCUGAUUGAUGGAUUACAGUCGAGUUCUGGGCCUCAUGGAAGAAUGUGUUCAGAUAGUUUCCUUUAUCAUCCGUUCUUCUCUGAAUUUAUUUGUCUUUGAUGUUUUUAUUCUCUAGUCGUGUGUUUGGAUUCUGAAUCCUUUCAGUGACUGUAACAAAAUAGACAGUCACUGAAAGAAAAAAAUAUACAUGAAAGGCUUAUUUGGAAUAAUAAUGAUGUGAAAUUCAACCUCAAAUACAUUCAACUGGAACAUCACCGAAUUAGUGAAAUACCCCUUUGGUUAAAGGUUAAAUGAGUCACAUUUCCUUACAGCUGACUGUGAGGAAAGCUUAGGAAAAUGACUUCAUUACAGUGAAGCGUCCUCUUGGUGGGUAGAAAUAGACACAUAGUUGCCAAACAAACCAAAAGUGGAGAGGAUUAAAAAAUGGCAGCUGGCGUGAAAAGACCAACACUCGCUCCAUUUGAUACAGAGCUGAACAAUAUAUAGAAACGCAGUUAUCAUCGCAGUAUCCGUGUGUACAGUACUGCAAAAAAAAAAGACUGCUCUGAUGCAAUAUUUAGGAGAAGUGUGAUGUGUUCUGUCUUUUAAUGCACACACCACAUCAGGCUCAAGGGGAAAUGUUCAAGACAUUGUGUGUGUGAUGGUGAAGAAACACACACAAUGUGUGUGAAGAAAGAAAAGUGACCUGCACAUGAGAGCUAAGACCAGGCUUAGACUUGCUGCUGGUGUAAAGUACAGCUGCUCAGCUUAUAAACUUGCAGUCACUAUCUCAGCUGAUUUAUGUGUUUGCUGCUUGGAUGCAAUAUAUGAUAACAUAUUAUAGUUUAGGUGGAAUUAAACUCUCCUCUUCAGUAAUAUAUUAGGUCAGUUGGAUGGUCUUUCAUUGUGUUUCAUUAACACACGUGAAAUAUGUCUUAGUAAGCAGGAUGCUAAAGCACAAGGAGAACAAUAAGGAGUUUGCGAUGAUGCAAAAGUAAGAAAUGAGUGAGGAAAAUAUAGCUUAAUCACAGUCAUUAUGAUUAUGGCAACAGGAAUAUCUCUGCUUCCUGCUUUUUUUUCAUAUCGUGCAGCGUCGAGGUUUACAAAAGUUUUUAAAAUCUCCGAUUUCAAGGCUGCUCACAUUUUCCGUACCUGUGGUUUGAAUCCUUUAGGAGCAUAAAGUGAUGUAGCGCUGCCCCUCCCCAACCAGUUGCUGUCCACUGCUAGUAAGCAGUAAAAGAUGUUUUUUUGUUUAUUUUAAACAACAAAAAACAAAUGUGACUGUCUGGAAAUAUUAAAACAAUUUGAUAUUAGAUAUAAAUGUUAAACAUUUAUAUUUCAAUGCAGACAGUUGGAGUCCCCAUAUAUUUAGUCUUUCUUGAAGCAGAGCUGAUUGAUAAACAUUGUUAUUCUUGCAUGAGGCCCAGCAUAUUAAAACAAUCUGAGAAAUUCUAUCUGUCAGAAUAGUAAUAUCAGGUUUGGUGCCUACAUUUGCAUUUACUGAAUAUUCAGAUGCUGUACUCACUGAGGUUUAUAAAAAUAACCAGCAGGUGGCGGUGUAAUCCAAAUGAUAAAAUGGAGAUUGCUGAUUCAUAUAAUUUGUUGGCCUGCAAGGAAGUUAUGCCUUUUGAUAGUUUAAUGAGAAGAAACAAAAAUAUGUUAUUGUGUGUGUGUGUGUGCUGUAAACCAAACUGCUUCAUGACUUUAUACCUCAGUGUUUUCAUCAUAUCACAUUCAGCUUCUUGGUGAAGGAACAUCAUCAUCUGUGAUUGGCUGCUGCUCUGCUCUGACCAGGAGGUCUGCUGAUAAAUGCUGUUUCCUAACUCACCAAAUAAAUGCCUCAGGAACAUUUUGAAACCAGUUUUCUUCUACAAGUUUCCGCCUUGGCAAAGUAAAGUUGUGUCUGGUUGAUAAAGAUAAGUGUAAAUAAAUGGAACUGUGCAUAAGU